GUCCGUCGUCCCGUACUUGAGGGUUUUCCCGCUGUAGCUACCUACCUAAGGUUAGUAGUAUGUAGGUAGGUAGGUAGGUAGGUAGGUACUAUGUAAGGUUAAGUCUGAAAAGCAAUCCAUUUGACAGCAGCCUUAUCAAGUACGCCAUGCCAUGGGUCCACCAUAUGCGCAGCGAACCGCACGCAUACUUACUUACUUACUUACUUGCCUAGCUAGCCGUCCCAAUCAUACGUGGUUCGUCAUCCCCCUUGCAUCUGACACUUGCGCCUCUUCUUUUUGGUCGAGGUGCGUAGGGUCCACUAGUGUACGCCUGCUACCGCCGUCCCCGAAAUCUCGUGAAGUAGGUAAUGGGGAGCUUCAAAGAGUAUAGUUUUCUUGCUCGCUUCCGCUCCCGACCGGGAUGGUUUUUGGAUGUAUCCAAGAUACAAGUUUAGGUACCCACGCCUAUUACCAUCGGGAGGGCUCCUUUAGGACUGGAAUACCCAAGCGCCCGCCAAACUCUCAUCAUCAGAUGUGCGGCAAGUAGGUAUCACUGAGGGAACCAUCUUCAGGUACGAUGUGUCACUAGAUCGCAGUCUUUAGCGUACGAUGGUGCUGCGCGUACCGUUUCCUUAUCGACUCGCCAAGAUGUUGUCCGGUCAUCCGCUUGUGCUAGGCUUUUCGAGUUCCAACAUACCAACAUAGCCAAUGGUCGACACAGGAUGACUCUUGCAGACAGCGCCACCACCUCGUUGCUGACCUUCGUCGACUAGAUGAUGUAGGGCGGAUAUCACCCCACGCUACUUCCCCGUGCUUGAUACGAUGGGACCCAUGUGUAGCGGGAGGAGGGUUGGAUGGAUGACGAGUAUAAGAGUCUCCGUCUGGGGCCGGUGGGACAAGAGGAGAAAAAAA